AUGACUGAUGGCGACCACUGGGUGGACAUGACUGAUGGCGACCACUGGGUGGACAUGACUGAUGGCGACCACUGGGUGGACAUGACUGAUGGCGACCACUGGGUGGACAUGACUGAUGGCAACCACUGGGUGGACAUGACUGAUGGCAACCACUGGGUGGACAUGACUGAUGGCAACCACUGGGUGGACAUGACUGAUGGUGAUCACUGGGUGGACAUGACUGAUGGCGACCACUGGGUGGACAUGACUGAUGGCAACCACUGGGUGGACAUGACUGAUGGCAACCACUGGGUGGACAUGACUGAUGGCAACCACUGGGUGGACAUGACUGAUGGCAACCACUGGGUGGACAUGACUGAUGGCAACCACUGGGUGGACAUGACUGAUGGCAACCACUGGGUGGACAUGACUGAUGGCAACCACUGGGUGGACAUGACUGAUGGUAACGUACCGGCACCGGUCUCUUCUGCUGACAUGCUGCUCAUUGGCGAUGACUGCCCUGACCUCUACACCUCUGUCGCCCUCAAUCGCCACUACAUCGUAUUUGGCGCCUCGACAGGCUCUAUCUACGUGUACAACCGCGCAACACUGAAACAUGUUGCCCUGGUCGCCACCUCGGCCGACUCUGCCAUCACCCGCCUCGCCUUUUCGCCGGCCGAUGAAGACGUGGUGGCUACUGCUGCUGCCGACGGCCUCGUCCGCGUCUGGCGCCUGGCGCUGACCAAUGGCGCAAAGGGCAAGGGAAAGCCGAAGGAACUGCGCAAGGUCAAGGACCAUAAGGACGCCAGCGACAUUGUGGCGCUUGCCUGGGAUGCCCCCGGCGACAGGCUCUUUUCCGCCGAUGCCUUGGGCGCCGUUGUUGUCACCUACGUCCGAGGUGCCAAGUUCCGCAAGUCGGAGCGCGUUGCCGCCGGCGCCACUCCUGUUGUCCAGCUUGACUACUCGGAACCGAGCCUCCUCGUCUCCAACACUGAGAAGGCUGCCCUCGUCGAGACCAAGACCAAAGACGUGGUCCAGAUUGGGACCCAGGCGCGCGAUGGCGCGUACGGUGCAUGCUUCACCCGCACGCUCGUGCCGGCCACACUGUCGACCGUCGCCGCAGCUGCCGGCGGCGCCACUCGCCUCAUUUGCGCUGCCCGCCCGGGCGGCCGCGUCUGGCUUGCCGACGACUCGGGCAAUGUCCACGCCACUCUCAAUCUCGGCGAGGAGGUUGCCGACGUCGAGCCGCUCACACCGUUAGCGCCCACGGCCACCGCCUACGCGUCGUUCCCCAUAUCGGUCGGCUCGGCGUCCGACGAGGGCGAUGCACCGGACGUCGAGUUUGCCCGCCUUGAGCAGAUCGGUGACGCGCUCAUCGCGCUCACGGCCUCGGCCGUCUUUGUGUUUGACCUUGAAACAGCCGGCGCCCGCCAGUGGUUCCCGCUGCCUGACGGGCCACCUGUGGUCGACGUCGCGCUUGACGCCGACGGUAUGGUUGUCCUCCGCGAAGACGCGUCGCUCUCGCGCUACGCGAUCACCCCCGUCUCCGACGUCUUUGCCGCUUACCUCGCCGCAGGAGACACGCUCUCAGCCCUUCAUCUGGUGUACACCCUCGAGUGGGCGCCGCCGAUCGCCGAUUUUGAGCGCCUGGCCGCCGCCAUGGGUGAUCUCGAGCUUGACGAUGACGUUGUCGAGCUUGUCACCGAGAUGCUCGAAGAGGCCCAGGCUGCUGCUGCUGCUGCCGCCGAGGCCGCCGCUGCUGCCGCUGCUGCCGCUGCUGCUGCCGCCUACGAUCCUGUUGUCGAGGCUGAGCGUGAGCGCGAAGCCGCUGCUGCUGCUGCCGCCGAGGAGGCUCGUGCCAAGCGCCAGGCUGCUGCCCGCGCACAACUGGAGGCUGAGGCCGAGGCUGUCCGCAAACGUGUCGAAGCUGCCCAGCGCGAGCAGGAGCGCCUUGCUGCUCUCGCCGCUGCUGCCACCGCCGCUACCCCGGACCCCGAGCCUCAGCCCGAGCCUCAGCCCGAGCCUCAGCCCGAGCCCCAGCCCGAGCCCCAGCCCGAGCCUCAGCCCGAGCCUCAGCCCGAGCCUCAGACCGAGCCUCAGCCCGAGCCCCAGCCCGAGCCCCAGCCCGAGCCUCAGCCCGAGCCCCAGCCCGAGCCCCAGCCCGAGCCCCAGCCCGAGCCUCAGCCCGAGCCUCAGCCCGAGCCUCAGCCCGAGCCCAAACCUGAGCCGGAAUCCAAACCGCAACCCCAGGCUCAAGCUCAAGCUCAAGCUCAAGCUCAAGCUCAAGCUCAACCUGUGUCCAACCCGUCGAUUGCGCUCGCGACCCGCCCUGAAACUGAAUCGGACGGCGCCGUGUUGCUGCCUCUCAACAACGAUGACGGUGACGACGAGAACAACUCGGCAUCUUCAGGUGAGUCGUCGGUCUCGUCGGUCUCGUCGAUGGACGGCGCAGGCGGCUCGCUGGCUGGUGCCAACAUGGCGGCCGUGCGCAGGUCGGGCGUGUCAGGCUCGUCGCGCCGCCGCAAGAAGAAGAAGCGCCGCGAGUCGUCGCGGUCGGAGGGGGGCAGCAAGUCCAAGUCCAAGACCAAGGCCAAGGCCAAGACCAAGACCAAGACCAAGACCAAGACCAAGACGGCCAAACUGGCCAACAUCUUGUCGCCGAGCGCGCCAGCCCACAUUGCUUCGCCGGCUGUUGGCUCGGCAGGCAAGCGGGGCCUGCCGUUCCUCCCGCCGCCAGGCAUGACCAAGCCGCCGGGCUCGGCACCUAUUCCGAUUGUGCGCCCGUCGCCGAUGCCCAAGAGCGUUGCGUCGCCACCAACAGGCAGUGGAACCUCACUCUCGCCACCGCAUACCCGCACCACAUCGCCUUCGUCGCUCUCGGCCACCUCGCCGCGAUCCAAUCUCGCAUCGCCGCGCAACGCAGCGUCGGAGACGGCUGCGCCCAAGCGGAUGCAUCGGAGGUCGUCGUCGUCAUCGUCGCUGGUCGAGGCUGCCACUCUCGCAGCAGCAACCUCGGCCGCUGCCCUCCCACCUGCGCCGUCGGCCGACGCGUCCGCUGAGUCUGGUGACGACGGUGCCGACGAGAAGCGCUCGAUGAUGCAGCGGCUCAAGAGCAUGAAGCGGAGUGCGUCGCAGCGAGUCUCCAAGUCGACCACCAACGUCAAGCGGAUCAUCAAGGAAAAGGCCCAACGCCGGUCGUCUUCGCCUGCGCUGGAGGCAGGCAGCACAGGCUCUGCGCUCCGCCUGGCCACCAAGGCUGUUCGCGACGUGCUUGGGGCGCCGCCGGCCACCCGUGCCACCAUGGCCUUUGGCGCCAUCCCCGCCGAGUUGCAGGCCUGGCUGAGAAUCUUUGAUCCGGCCGCUGUCCCGUCGGACGUUCCGCAGCUGUGGAUCGCCGAGGUCCUCGCCGCGUGUGUGGUCCACACCGUCCAUCCAGCUCGCCUCCCGCUCGGCAGCGUGUGGACCGAAGCGCAGACGUGUGACUUUAUCCGCGCCUAUUUUGGCUCGCUGCACUCGGCCUCCAUCCUUGCCUUUGCCAGCCGCCACCACUAUGCUGACGCCAUCGCGCUUGUCCACGCCUGCGAGGACGAGGCGCUGCAGGCCGAGGCCCAGGCCGUGGUCGAGGCCGAGGCGGCCUCGCCCGAUGCGCCCGUCGACGGCGAGUCCGGGACGCCGACUGCGGCUGCUACGACGGUGUCCGCGCUCUCCCAGUAUGCCAGCCGUCGCAAGGCACUGGACGAUGCGGCGAGCUCGGGCCCCGACCUGCACAGCCUCCUCUGCCGCGACGGCAGCCUCUCGGCUGUGCUGCGGUACUUGCCGGUGCUGGCGCAGGCCUCACCCGAGCUCGCGCUCAAGCUCGCGCUCGACUGGUACCCGCAGGUCCAGCCGUGGAUCUUUGCCCGCGCGCUGGGCAUCGGCAGCGGCGACGCGCCUCCGGCCGCCGCGCUGUACUACGCUGACUACCUCCGGUCGCUCCUCGACUCGAUGUCGCCGCCGACGCCGACGCCGUUGCCGCUGCUGGAAGCAGUCUUUGAGCACACGCUCGCGAGUACCGGGAGCCCUGCCCGGGCGGCAGUGCUCGGCCCGGCGAGCGACGGCCCGGCUGCACCGCUGGUCGCUACCGAUCACGUUCCGGCAUGGGAGGCUGUCGGCGUGAUGCCUCGGCCGGGCGCACUGGGCCUAGUCUGGGCUCUGCCCCACGGCGGCGUCCACUCGUUGGACACGCUGCUGACCAACCACAUGGCCCGGGCGUGGAAACACUGCUUCCGGUGA